UAGAGCGUAGCGGUGGUAGACGCGCGUUACAUUGAUCUGACUGCCAGGUGAACAACGUGCGCACAGCAACUGCUAUCACCGGUACAUAUACCGACUCGGUUCUCAAACGAGGAUGUGACAGGAGAGAAGACCGUAGAGCGUAAUCACCGCCCUAUCCCUGGACGCAUCCCCGAACUACAUUCCAUUGUCCCCUCAUUGCGACAGUACGUGUACAUCCUGGCAGGUCCAGUUGUUGUCUGAUCGGAUCCUUACCAUAGAGAUGCUGACAUCCAGCUAUUGACACACCAGUCCGACACGAGCACCACAGCCACGAGGCACACAAGUACCUUUCAACCUUUCGUAUCACCCACUACAAAACACAACAGAAUGGGAAACGGUUCGUCUAUCGACACCUCCAGGGCCGUCCACUUGGACAUAAACGGGAAAAUAGAAAAGAUCAUCUUCAGUCGUCAUUCCAGUUCCCGUGACAUACACGAGCUAAUAUGCCAAGCAGCAGCGGUGAACAAAUAUUCUACCAUAACACUGAAGGACGUCGACGGAGCUCACGUGACAGCUUCCCCUUCCAUGCCAAUCAACACGCCCUCGACACCGUACACAGUGGUGGUAAAGAACCCAUCUUCCCGAAACGGUCAGUUGAAUGUUAAAGAUGAAAGCGAAGUGUUCCAAAAUGUUCUGUCUCAAGUUGCUGAACAGUUCAACAGAGCCUUUAAAGUAGAAGAAAUGAAGUCAGACAUUACCACCCGCCUGAGCUCGUUAGAGAGGCGGCUGGAAAUCUGUGGAGAUGAGGGUCUAAAAGUGGUCGAGAUAGAGAAGUGCAAACGGGACAUAUCCGACAUUAAAGACCAAAUCUGGAAUGCUCAAAAGAAGUUUAUCGAUUUCAACAGAAUGAGUUCUUUGAGUGACGAAAGCAAGAUAAGUCUCAAGCGGGAUGUGCCUGCUUAUCCCAAGUACACGCUUUCCCAAGAGACAGUAGAGUACCUAAAACAGCCUACUUUCGACAUCUGGCACUGGGAACCCAAUGAGAUGUUGAGCUUGUUGGAGCACAUGUACCACGAGCUGGAUUUAGUUACGGAGUUUAACAUCAACCCCAUCACCCUCAAGAGGUGGCUGCUAUGCGUUCAGGAGAAUUACCGGAACAAUCCAUUCCACAACUUCCGACAUUGCUUUUGCGUGACACAAAUGAUGUACGGUAUGAUCCAUUUGUGUAAGCUGUGGGAGAAAGUCAGCCGCGAAGACCUCGGCAUUCUCCUCACAGCGGCAGUAUGCCACGAUCUGGACCACCCGGGAUACAAUAAUACGUACCAGAUUAACGCACGCACGGAAUUAGCCAUCCGCUACAAUGACAUUUCUCCGCUGGAGAAUCACCAUUGCGCUGUGGCCUUCCAGAUCCUUUCCAACCCUGAAUGUAAUAUCUUCUUUAACGUCGACAAAGAUACCUUCAAAAGGAUUCGAUCGGGAAUGACGAUGUUAAUACUGGCGACAGAUAUGGCUAGACACGCUGAAAUUAUGGAGAAUUUUAAAGAAAAGCUCAACACGAAUUUUGAUUACCAAAACAAAGAGCAUUUGGACACGCUUAAGAUGGUCCUGAUAAAAUGUUGUGAUAUCUCAAAUGAAGUUCGUCCUAUGGAAGUGUCUGAACCAUGGGUGGAUUGUCUCCUUGAGGAAUACUUCAAUCAGUCUGAUCGAGAGAAGAUGGAAGGUCUGCCGGUGGCACCAUUCAUGGACCGAGACAAAGUGACCAAACCAACAGCGCAGAUUGGCUUCAUCAAAUUCGUCCUCAUUCCAAUGUUUGAAACCGUCGGCAAGUUAUUCCAGCAAAUAGAGGAUACAAUGGUCGAGCAGUUACGGUCAGCCUUAAGACGAUACGAGGAAAUGAAAAGUGAAAAUGAGAAGCAGCAGAAGAAGGGAUAGCCCUGGCUUAAAACUCCUCUUUCCUGUGCCUUUUAUAGCUUCUAGAUCUUUACCAUCCGUUCCAAACUCAGGUCUGGGUAUUAGAAUACCAUCGUCUCCCUCUUAGUGCCCCAUGCAUUUAUAAUGGUUUGGUUAAAAAUGGAAUACUUUCAUCAAAUUUUUCCCAUUCUGUGAUGGAUUAUUGGGGUUUAAGUAACCAUUGUGUAAAUGAGUAACGCGCCUUGUUGUCAAAGACCGAUUCGCCGAGGGUAUUUGCUUUUGUCUCCGAAUCUCAUCUGAUUGGUCUGGUGGCAAGUAACUUGCCUACACAGCGAUUGGCCAUUGAAUCGUCCUUUGAUUGCCUAUUGCAUGAUGCUGUGGUUGGGGACUGGGUGAUUCCUUCAUACUGAUUGGUCAAUAAUAUUAUAAUGGUUCAUUGCUGGGAUCAUUAUAAUUGGCUACCUUAGUUGCCUAUUGAUUACAGUUACGGUAGAUUACUAGUUCGUGCGUUGACUGGCCAUUUAUUAUAGUUCAACGUUUGAUUGGACAUUGGCUGGUCAUUUUAUAAUAUGUUGACUGGCCUUGUAGGUCUACACUAAAUCGUUCACUGUUACUUUCAAACUGUAAAAACUCUUCAUAUGUACCUCCGUAUAUUUCCCAGCGACAAAAAAUUCAGUAUUUUUUGUACAAGAGCAGCUUUGUAUUAUAGUUUAUCUUUGCACCCAGGAAAUCACGUUCCUAGUUGUUCCAAUGCCUGUAUGUUUUCUGUCCUCUGAACUUUUGUACCUGACAUCGUGACUCUAGUUAUAUAUUAUAGAGUGCAGUUAGCACUAAGUUAUGGUUUAUGGAAUGUGCAUUUAUAGUUGUGGUCAAGAAAGAGUGGGGAACUUUGCUGAGAAACCGCCACGUUGUUACGCUGAAUUUCACAUUGUUUCUCUUUUUUGUACUUUGUCGUCUUUUUAGUGUCUUUUGCCUCAUUUGUUUCUUUAUUUUCUUUGUUGCCAUUGUAAGACAGCAUCAAGAAGUAACGGGUGUCAUUGUGAUCUGGUAAAAGAUGGUCAGUAUAUCAGUGUAUAACGUACUUCUCCUUCACCCCUUUACCGGUAUGUUGAAGAUAGACAUAUUGGUUUUAUAUUGAUCUCGUGUGCCCUGUAGACGACAGAUGUAGAGUCCCUUCAAGCUGUUCCAACAGAAAAUAUGCGACAUUUGUAAAGUAAACUGAACAGCUAACGGGUAGUUGUAGACAGUUACAAACUAUACUUAUGUUCUUCCCCAGCCUUUGUUACCCUGUAUCUGUUAUAUAUGUUUAUGCUGGCCUUAUCAACGGUUCAUUCAAUCACAAUACAAAUAUAGUUAUAUGCUUAGAGAAGUUCAAUGGUGAUUUUGAAACCAGCUGUUUGUUCAUGUUUAUACAUGCAUUUUUCCCACCAAGCACGGUUCUUUACUCUAUGGGCCAGAAUGCUGUAUGACAUUAUAUGAAAAAAGGCACUUUAUUUUCACUUCCGCGUUAUUUGCAAUGCAGGAAACGAGCACACUACAUGUAUAUUCCGACCUUGGAGUAGUGUGUGGCGCAUGGCGGUGGAGUGUUGUGGUGACCGGCGUGUUGUGAGAUUUCAGGGUAUAAUAGAGAUAUAUUGUUGACAUAAUAUGCUAUAUUUUGUAACUGUUAUAUUCUUAAAAAAUGUGGCUGUACAGUCGUUUUGGUUUCUACAUUGUUUAUAUAGAGAAAUAGCUUGUUUUUCUACUGGGAGUAUUUUAAAAUCGUCGUGAUUUAGAUAAAUAUUGAAAGCACCGGUCUAAUAAUGUAACUGUGCAGGUUACACGUCUAGUAAAUGGGAGUGAUACACUCAUAAAUGUACCAGUGCAAUCACGCGCUGUAUACCAGUCCAAUAUCGCACCAAUCACACAAAAAAGAAACACGAUCAUUUUUUACCGGGCUAAGAUGUUGAUCUUAACGUGUAAGGAUGUUCACCCAAAUUGUGAAAUGAUGAGAUUAACAAGAUUAACAGUAUUAGCCUCUAUUUAUUCUUCCUGAUUCUGAAUUCUACUCGGUGAAGUAAACCUAACAUGUGAUCACUUAAUAUAUAGAAAUAAACACAACUUUCGAUAGUUCGGAUUUUUGCAAUGGAAACGAAUGACCAUGUGCAUAUAACAUGGAUUAAACUGUAUUCUCUAGUACAAAAUGUGAAUGACGCCUGCUAAACACUUGCCAUCGUACCAACGAACGCUGUUCAGCUGGGGGCUUGGGGAAUUCUUCCCGUUAUCACAUGUUGAAAUGUAACCGUUGUUUAAUCAGAUAUAGAUCAUUUACUGAAUAAAACUUUGAUUGAC